AUGGGAGGAUGGUGGGUUCAUGCGUCGCAGGUGUCGAAGAUGACUUCUACGGGUGACAUCCUCAAGGCCGGUCAUUUCAUGAUAAAAGGCGAGAAAAAUCAUAUACCUCCUGGACAGAUAGUACUGGGAUUUGCCGUGUUAUUCCAAAUUUCGAAUCGGAGUCUUCAGAACCACACAAAAUCUCUACCGUCUGCGCCAGAGGAUGAUGUAACAAAUGAGGAACCGAUUUCCAGCACCGCCGAUAUGGACCAGUCUGAAGCUAACCAAUCGGAUCAAGAAGAGGACGUUCCUCUAGAGCAAGAGGAUGAACACCAGGUAGAGUCCGAGGAUGCCAAAAAGGAUAUAAGUGAUGAGAGAGUUGCGCCCCUAGGAGAACAGCUGCAAUCUAUACAUGUUGAGGGCUCCUUGGAUUCAAAUGCAGCGCAAGUUACGGAAGCAGACAAGUAUGAGGCUUCACAGGCAGAAAAUCAGCCUGUAGAAGGUCCAUCUAAGAAUGCAGAGGAGACCGAGGAUUCUGGAGAGUCUAACGAUGAAUCUAGACUGGCUACUUCUUCUGCCAUUCGGGAGUCACGGUCAUCAACACCGUCAGUCAUCAGCUCAUCAGGGACACAGAAAUCCAAGCCACCAGUCCGUGGUAAGCGAGGAAAGGCAAAGAAGCUGGCUACCAAAUACAAGGAUCAAGAUGAAGAAGAUAGGAAUCUGGCGCUCCGUUUACUAGGAUCCGCUGCUGGGCCUUCGACUCCCACCACCAAACCAAAAACAAAGGCUGACAUCGAAGCUGAACGUGAAGCACAAAAAGAACGACGAAGAGCUCAACAUGAACGCGCUCUGCAGGCUGUAAAACGCCAGCAAGAGGCUUUUACACGAAACUCCGUCGAGGAUGCUUCUGGAGAAGAACAUAAGCUUGAUUUCUCGAUACUCCCGGCUCUGGUCGGUACUCCUGUGAGCGGUGAUGAGAUCGAAGCCGCCAUCCCCGUGUGCGCUCCUUGGACAGCUCUGGGGCAGUACAAGUACCGCGCAAAAUUGCAACCUGGAAAGAUCAAGAAGGGAAAAGCAAUUAAAGAUAUCCUUGGUAAAUGGAUUCACGAUGCAACUGUUAUACAGUCAGGGUCCAGUGGGAAGAAACCAGCUGCACGUAUGAGUGACUCUGACGAAACUAAGAAGACGAACGUGGAAACUGAUGAAAAAGCGAAAGAUGCGAAUGAGCUGCUUUCCAUGGAGCUAGAUUGCAUCAAAGCCUGGAGGGAUGUUGAAGUUAUGAAUACAUUGCCUGUUGGCGGAUUCACUAUCGUUUCCGUCGCUGGCGCUGCUGGCUCGAGUGCAAGUGUUGGACCCAAGAAUACGGAAAACAAAGGGAAAGGCAAAGGAAAGAAGCCAGCUAAGGGGGGUAAAAAGAAAUAG